AUGCGCUGUUUGGGCAUACAAUGUCCAGGAGGGGCACUUUUCUCUGAACUUGUCAUUGAUUUCAGAACUGUGAACACCCAAGAAUAUUCGUCCCUUGUGUGGCCCGUGAGCUUUGAUGAGCCGUUUGGAGCUCGGCCAGACAGCACUAUUCUGAGAGAUGACUGUGAGAAGAGAGAAUUGCUCGAGCUGAAUAAUAGAGAGAGGGACAGACACUGCAUUUACCCGGAGAGAAUUAAGGAAAUUGAUGGAUGGGCAGACCGUUAUGAGGUGGUGGAAGGUUACGAGCAAGAAGCAGAGGGAGGAAUCACCAUGAAGCUGCAGUCAGAGGUGGUUAAGACCUUUGAUGAUUACUACCUAAAGCUCCGCUUGGAUGCAAACACCAGAAACCCCUGGUUCGCUGAGUUCUGGCAGUAUCGAUUCCAGUGCCGUCUCCAGGGCCAUCCGCAGGAGAACAAGAACUACAAGAAACUCUGCUCCGGAAAUGAGAGUCUGCAUGAAAACUAUAUGCAGGAUAGUAAGAUGGGCUUUGUGAUCAAUGCCAUCUAUGCGAUGGCCCACGGCCUCCAUGAUAUGCAUGAGGAGAUGUGUCCAGGCCAGACAGGGCUCUGUGAAGCCAUGGACCCCAUUGAUGGCAGCAAGCUGCUGGACUACCUGCUCAAGACAUCCUUCAGAGGCGUCUCAGGGGAAGAAAUUUAUUUUGAUGAAAACGGAGACACCCCGGGCAGAUAUGACAUCAUGAAUCUACAAAGUGUGGAUGACGAUCGCUAUGACUACCUAAAUGUCGGCUCCUGGCAUGAAGGUAUCUUGAACAUAGAUGACAACAAGCUUUGGCUGAACAGCAGCGAAAUGGUUCGUUCAGUCUGCAGUGAACCCUGCUCCAGAGGACAGAUAAAGGUGAUAAGGAAGGGCGAGGUGAGCUGCUGUUGGAUCUGUACCACAUGUAAGGAUAACGAGUUUGUCCAGGAUGAAUUUACCUGCAAGGCAUGUGAGCUGGGAUGGUGGCCUGAUGAAGAACUGGCGGAAUGCCAACCACUGCCUUUGAAAUAUCUCGACUGGGCAGACGUGGAGUCCAUGGUUGCUGUUGCUUUCUCCUGUGUGGGCAUCUUGAUCACCUCCUUUGUCACCUUCGUGUUCAUCCAGUACCGCGAUACACCUGUGGUGAAGUCCUCCAGUAGAGAACUCUGUUAUAUCAUCUUAGCAGGCAUCUUCCUGGGUUACAUCUGUCCAUUCACCUUAAUCGCCCGUCCCACGGUGGCAUCCUGCUAUCUGCAGCGGCUCCUGGUUGGCCUUUCGUCUGCCAUGUGCUACUCUGCUCUGGUGACCAAAACUAACCGAAUUGCUCGCAUUCUGGCUGGCAGCAAGAAGAAGAUCUGCACCAAGAAGCCUCGUUUCAUGAGUGCCUGGGCCCAGGUGAUCAUUGCCUUCAUGCUAAUAAGUGUGCAGCUAACUUUGGAGAUCACACUCAUCAUUCUGGAGCCUCCUGAACCUGUCAAGUCAUACCCAAGCAUACGUGAGGUCUACCUCAUCUGCAAUACCAGUAACGUGGGCAUGGUGGCACCACUGGGCUACAACGGCCUGCUAAUCAUGAGCUGCACCUACUAUGCCUUCAAGACACGGAACGUCCCCGCCAAUUUCAACGAAGCCAAAUACAUCGCCUUUACAAUGUACACUACCUGCAUCAUCUGGUUGGCCUUUGUGCCGAUCUACUUUGGGUCCAACUACAAGAUCAUAACCACAUCCUUCUCCGUCAGCCUGAGUGUGACAGUCGCACUGAGUUGCAUGUUCACACCCAAGAUGUACAUUAUUAUAGCCAAACCGGAGCGGAACGUCCGGAGUGCUUUCACCACAUCUGAUGUGGUACGAAUGCAUGUUGGAGAUGGGAAGUCUGCGGCUCAGUGUGGCAGCAACAACUUCCUGAACAUGUUCCGUCGGAAGAAGGCCAUAUCUGGAAAUUCAAAUUCUAAUGGCAAGUCUGUGUCAUGGUCUGAAUCAGGUCCAAGACACCCUCCGAGGGGGGGGAAUGUGUGGCACAGACUGUCUGUGCAUGUGAGGAAACAGGAAGCCGGCCUGAAUCAGACAGCGGUCAUCAGGCCCCUAACUAACACCCCCGACCCCCACAGUUGUGAGCCGUCCACCGGCAACCUCGGAACAGACCCCCAUCUCUCCCAAGUACCGCCUGGCACUAAGCCUCUGUGCAACCUGGCAGAAGAAGACGACGAUGGCGAUGCACAGCGCCCCCUCUGGACUUCCACUUGCUCAGAACAGACGCAAGCGCUGGAUUCUGAUUUAGACGAGUCUGCUUCUUACCUGCCCUCUAACUCGAAGGGCCCCACCGCAGAGCGUUUGCGAGGAGCUGUGGUGGACACACACAGCUCCCACGCUCCUACACUGAAUGAUCACACUGCCAGAGAGGCCAUGGCUGCCGGCGGGCCUUUCAGCUUAUCACCCUCUCAGCUUCCUUUGGCCCCACAAGCAGGGCUGUACGAAGAGGAGGGGCCCGAGGAGGAGGAACUGGACCUCUUGCACAGCUAUAUUUACGACGCCAAGGAGGAGAGGGAGGGGGAAGACGAGGAAGGUGAGGAUUUAACUGAAAACAAGCCGACUCUGGAGGAUUCCCUCGCCCUGUCUCCCCCCUCCCCCUUCAGAGACUCUGUAUGUUCAGGGGAGUCUGUCAACGGCUCCCCCAUCAUCGAGUCAAUGCUCGGUAGCCCUCCAGGAUCCGUCUACACCUCAGACCUCCUCAAAGACUUCGCACACAGCUCCUCAACACUGUGAGAGCAGAACCCGCACUGACACAUCGGCUGUCAGCAACACACACACACACGCAUCCCCACACACACAGCCACACGCACAGAUCAACACAAGGAUAUACCUUAACAUUUCGAGUUUUUUCUUCCCAAGUGAUUUGCUUGCCUGUACGUGUUACUUUUUCUUGAUAAGUGGUUAAUCAAAACGCCAAGCAGAAAUGCACCAGGAAUUAUUUGUGAGCGUGUACAUAUCUGUAGGGCCUGUCAUUGCACAAAGCCCUUCGGUAAAAUGUCAAACUGAAAACGGUGCCAAAACGAGCCAGCUCACAUGCCAAAUUCUGAUGAAUGAAACAAAACUGGGACUCUUGCUAAAAGAUGUAGCUGUGUUUUUAAUGGUGGCAUUAUAACUAAGUGAGCUGUGGUUGGGGGGAGAAACAGAAUGGGGAAACAAAAAUGAUUCCAAACCAACCAAAUGUUCCCGGAAGAUUGUACAGUAAGUGCAUUUAAUGCCGGUUAUUUAGCAGCUAUGCUCCCCCCUGUUUCACACUCGCAGGCCUGCUCAUGGAUGAGGCCCCACAGCUGUAUAAAAAAUAGGAGUUCCUCGAUUGAUUGAUUGAUUAUACCUCUACUUUUUUUCCUCUGACCUCAUCGUCAUUUUAAUAUUAUAAAUCAGUAAGGAAAUAUCAGUACCUUUGGUUGAAUAUUGCAUUUAAGUAAGUAUCGAGAGGUGUGCUCACCACAAAAAAAAUCUAUCGUAAUGAUUUAAGAUUCUGCUGAAGAUGUGCGCUGUAUGAUAUGUGAAACAGGUAUAACGUGCCAAUCAAAGUUGUUUCCAACCUACAUCCUUGCUUUAAGUUGUUUUAUAUAAUGUAGCUGAUAAAGGUAAUAGCGUGACUGUAGAAAAUACUGAUGUUGUUUAUUCUGUUUACAGUCAGUCAUAGCCCUGAGAACAACUUUUACACACAUGGGACGUGGUGCAACGAUUGCUUUUGCUUUCCAUGGCGUGUUGAUAUUUCUCACGUUUUCUGGGUUUGCUGUGUCAUUGUAAUGGAAACACACAGUACAAAGUUGUACAAGUUCUCAAAGUUUGUAAUACUGUUCAGCCAUCUCUCGUUUUUCACACAGGUGGUAUGUUUGUAAUACUGAUAAAUGUUUCUAUAUUUAGAAUGUCAACAGAGAAAAAAAGAGAACUUUAUACAGUGAAACUGUCCUUAAAUAUUUGUCAAGAAGCAGUGGGUUUGUUAUUUUGGUCAAUUUUGAGCUAACUUGAGCCGGGUGUAUCCUCUUCAAAACAUUUGGUUGUAACCAAUGAUUAGUUGCUUCUUGUAAUUGGAUCCUACAUGUUUUAGUUUUGCGCUAAAUCUUGCUAUGAACUUAAGUAGUUUACUUGAGGUUAAGUUUCUUGGUUCUUUAUCUAUAAGAAUGCAACUCAUUUCAAAGUACGAGACUACACAGUACAUACUGUAGUGCAACUGUGUUGUAUUUACAAAUGUUUUUAGUCAUAUUAUAGUGUAAGUUGUUAAAUGAUUUUAACCAAUGUAAAAUAUACCAGGUGCCACCUGUUUAAUACUGUUGAAUCUAGAAAUAAAUAGGCCUUUAUGUUUUGGUUGAGCUAAACAUGAACAAUGCUGUAAAAUAAAAAUGAUUUAUAUUAAGAAGACUGAUCACUGCCUACAUUAGUCUUACAAUUUGAGUUUAAUUGAGCGGCAAAAUCCCACAACAUAACAAAGUUUCAGUAGUUCAAUCUAUCUUUAUUGGGUUUGUUAUAUGUUUUUUAUUUUAUUUUGGGGUUUGGACAUCUCUGAAGUUUUUGUGAGUGGCUUUUGAUUUUUCUUUUUUUUACUUGAACUAUAAAAAGACAACAUAGGAGUAAAAUAAAA